AUGCGAUCGUUCAAAUUGAAUCGAGUGACCUUGCGCCGCCGAGUGGGACAACGCUUGCGCCGAAAGUUGGGCAGGAUUUUGAUGCAAGAAGAGUUCGAGCAGGCUUUGGCCAUCUACAAGCGUUACGAGGACGAGCUUCUCAAUGAGACCGAGGCUCAAAGCGAGGCCUCGGUGUUGUCGGUGCUGCCGGAGGGCUCGAAUUCGCCGCACUCGGUGACAUCCAGCGCACACUCCGCGGCCACAACGCCCGCUGUGUGUGUUGCAGUGCAAGUGCCUGUCAUUGCGGUACCUGUGUUGGUGCCGGUCAUUGCCUCGGCCCCGGCCCAUCACGUGGUGGACCCGACCCCCGUCCCAACGGAGUCGGUGGAACGCGCCUUUGGUGUGGAGCCGGUGGAGCCGGUUUCCCCCGUGACCGAGGUGAGUAUUCCGCCGAUCCAACCAUAUCUCGAUGUUCAGAAGGACAGCAGCUACUUUGCACGAAUGUGCACCGAAAGCACCAGUUGCGCGGGCUCCACUGUUAUGGAUGACGAAGACUUUCUGGACCAGCACAUUGACUGGGUACGUGCAGUCUCUGAUGCUGCGCCCGUGGAGCGUACCUUCAUUCAGUUCAACACCAAUUUGAAGGUCAACCGAAGGUCCCGUUCUCGCUAA